AUGAAGCAAUCUCUCCGACAACUGGGCACUCUGCUGGUGUCUGGCACUGCGGCGGCCGCCGCCGCAGUGGCCUCAGCAAACACGGCCUCGCAUGCGUACGAAUUCAACUCGGUGGCCGUGACGGGCGGCGGCUACAUCACGGGCAUCCUGGGCCAUCCGACGGAGAAGAACCUGCUGUACAUGCGCAGCGACGUGGGCAGCUCGUACCGCUGGGAGGAGGCGCUGAACAAAUGGAUCCCGCUGACGGACUUCAUCAGCGGCGAGGAUGAGAACCUGUUUGGCACGGAGAGCCUGGCGAUGGACCCGACCGACCCGGACCGGCUGUACCUGGCGCAGGGGCGGUACACGACGUCGAACAACUCUGCGUUUUACGUGUCGGACGACCGCGGCGCGACCUUCACCAAGUACACGGCCCCCUUCGUGAUGGGGUCCAACGAGCUGGGACGCAACAAUGGCGAGCGGCUGGCGGUGAACCCGUUCAAACCCAGCGAGCUGCUGAUGGGCACGCGGAUGGCGGGCCUGAUGAAGAGCAGCAAUCGCGCGCAGACCUGGACGAACGUGACGAGCUUCCCCGACGCGGCGGCGAACGGCAUCGGGCUGGUGUUUGUCAUCUACGACCCGGUCCACGAGGGCACCAUCUACGUGGGCGCCAGCGUGCCCAACGGCCUAUACUACACCACGGAUGGAGGCAGCAGCUGGGCGACCAUCCCGGACCAGCCUACGACGUGGGACAGCUCGAUCCUGACAUUUCCCAACGAGACGCAGCCGCAGAGCACCGGCCCGCAGCCGAUGAAGGGCGUGCUGGCCUCCAACGGGCUGUUGUAUGUGACCUUUAGCGAUGCGCCGGGCCCGUACGGCGUCGACUACGGCGAGGCGUGGGUAUACAACACCUCGUCGAGCACGUGGAGCAACAUCACGCCGAGCACCAGCAACACCUCGCCGGCGCCGUACUCGAACCAGACGUUCCCGCGGGGGGGAUACUGCGGGCUGAGCGUGGCGGCGACGGACCCGAACACGGUGGUGAUCGCCUCGCUGGACCGCGACCCCGGCCCGGCGCUGGACAGCAUCUACCUGUCGCGCGACGCGGGGGUGUCGUGGAAGGACAUCUCGCAGCUGUCGACGCCCACGGGGAGCGGCGGGUACUGGGGCCACCCGAUCGACGAGGCGGCGCUGGACAACGGCACGACGGUGCCCUGGCUGAGCUUCAACUGGGGGCCGCUGUGGUCCGGGUACGGAGCCCCCUCGCCCAUCGUGGGACUGACCAAGUUCGGGUGGUGGAUGACGGCGGUGCUGAUCGACCCGACGGACGCGGACCACCUGCUGUACGGGACGGGAGCGACGAUCUGGGCGACCGACAGCCUGUCGCGGGCGGAUGCCGACUGGGCGCCGACAUGGUACGUUCAGGCGCAGGGGAUCGAGGAGACGGUGGCGCUGGCGAUGAUCAGCCCGAGCGAGGGCGCGCAUCUGAUCAGCGGCUUCGGCGACAUCAACGGCAUGCGCCACGACGACCUGGACCUUCCGCAGCCGAUGCUGGGCUUGCCCGUCUUCUCGAACCUCGACACGCUCGACUGGGCCGGCCAGGCGCCCAACGUGGUCGUGCGCGCGGGUGCCUGCGGCCACGACUACGGCGCCGAGGGCUGCGGACAGGCAGCGUAUUCGACCGACGGCGCGCACGGCUGGCGCAUGUUCCCCUCGUGCAUCCCGGGGGUCAACACCAGCACGGACAACGCGGGCGUGCUCACCGUCGACGCCUCGGGGGCGUACUUUGUCUGGUCGGCGGCCGCGACCGACGUCGACGUCACGCUGGAGAGCGAGUACAGCGUGGUGAACGGGUCGGGCCCUUACGCGAGCAGCGACGGGGGUCAGACCUGGACGUCUCCCUCGGGCUUGACGUUCCAGACGGCCAAUCUGGCCUCCGACAAGGUCCAGGACAAGACCUUCUACGCCUACGACGAGAACACCUGGUACGUGAGCACCGACGGCGGAGUCACGUACACGGCGUCGCAGGCCAGCAGCGUCGGGCUGCCAGACAACGCGACGGGCUCGCUGCCCGUCGUCAGCGUCAAGACCGCCGGCGAGGUCUGGCUGGCGCUCGGCGACGAGGGAGUAUACCACACCACGGACUUUGGUGCCUCCUGGAAAGCCGUGUCUGCUGCCGCUUCUGUCACUGCCAAACUCAUCACCGUCGGGGCUCCCAAGUCCGCGUCGGCGCCCGAGUCCCUCUUCAUCCUCGGCCAGACCUCCGACGCCGUCACGCAGGGGGUGUACCGAUCAGACGACGGGGGUUCGUCGUGGGUGCGCGUCAAUGACGAUGCUCACCAAUACGGCGGCAUCGAGCUUAUCCAGGGCGAUCCACGGGUAUACUCCCUCGAUUAUUCCACCAGUCCAGGAACCUCGGAACCUGUUGCCUGGCUGAUGAUCCCUGCAGGCCUCCCUGUCGAGACGGGAAAAGGAGGUAGUACUACAGAACCCCCGCUCGAGAACGGUGGACUGAUGCGAGAUAACUAA